UCUUAUUUCGGAUUGAUUCAUAGUCAUAUAUUAAGAUAACAAUGAUUUAGGACACGAUAUAAUAUCAUAAACAUAGCUACUAUAGAUUGGAUAUUCAUUAGUAAUAUAAUUUAUACUAAAUGUAACGGGACUUUUCCAUUACCAUGGGACAGACACAAACGACCUCUAUUGUAGUAAAUGAAAUAGCAGUGGACUCGGAGACGUGUGAUAUCAGUGAUAUCUGCUGGCUCUCAGAUGGAAAGUUUUUGCUUACAGACAGAGCUAACUCAAGGCUCAAAAUUCUGAACGCUGCUUACAAGUUCAUAACAUCAAUAACAUUGGAAGGGUCACCGUUCGGAGUCUGUGAAACAGAGUUAAGCCAAGCUGCGGUGACCUGCCAAACGCCGAGAGGUCCCGACAGAAUCCAGCUGAUUUCAACCAAUAAUGGACUUACCAAGAAAGGAGAUAUUGAGGUACCCUGCCGCUGUAACGGUAUUGCCUACACUGGCGGAUUAUUGUACGUCUGCUGUGGAAGGACCUUCGAUACAGACGAUAACAAGGAUGGCGGCCAUAUUCGGUUGUAUUCCCUCUCUGGAACAAUGAACUACUGUAUACCAAACUCUUCUGAAGAAAUGAUAUUUUAUGAACCGCUCUACAUCGUCGCCAGUGAUGACGUCAAACAUGUGCACGUGACUGACGCGAAAAAUGGUGUGGUUACCAUAGAUACGAGAAGAAAUGUUCACUACACUGUUCCUACACAGUCAGAUUUUACUAGCCCACGUGGUAUAUGUGAAACAUCUUGUGACAAUAUUAUUGUAUGUGAUAGCAAAUCGAACGCUCUCGUGGACAUGAUCUUGACAAAAACUAAGGUCGAGGUCACAGUUAAGGAAUCUGGAAGGUUGGAAAAUCCUCAAGCAGUGUGUUUUGAUGGAAAGAAAGGAAACAUUUUGGUUGCAUGUGGUAAUUCUAACAGCAUUGAACUAUUUAGUGCUUAUUGACAAAAACAGAAAACUAAAACAAAGCGUAGGGUACGGACAUUUUGAACAAAUAGGUAAUACUUCUGAAGAACAUGCAGGGUUUGACAAAGCAAUCUUUAUUUAAGUAUUUUACCUGCGGCAUAAUGUUAAUUCCAAAGCUUUAGUAGGGUUAUAUAUCUUGUAAUAAUUAGCAUUUGAGACGGAUGUGCAGAUUUUUGCAAGUGACCUAUGGUAAGCACCAUGCCUGUCCGUCUGUCACAUAUUUCUUAAGGUAAAGCAUCGACAUUUGGACAAUGUUUACUGUUUUGUAAGCAACCAUUUUUUGUCAUUGAGUGACCUUAACCAUGAUUGUUUUCUGAUGUUUAAAGCUAUAUCAUUGAAGAGUAGAAAAUGUGUACAGUUUAGUAAAAAUAACCUUUAUCAUUACACUAUGGUAGCGUUGAAGCUCUGGGUGAGACAUGUAAGUUGGAUACGUAUCUUGACACUUUAUUUAAUUCACAUUAUAAUAAAUAGUUCAUUGUUUACAUGAAUUGUGUUAAUGUACGUAUAUGACAUUCUUGCAACAACUUGUAAUGGAUACUACCAAAUAUGUAAAUGUUGAAAAUAUAUUGAUUAAAUGUGGUUUUACUGAAUAUAUCUACAUUAUUUACCGUAUGAAAUUAUUGUAAUUUAUAAUCAUCUUAUUAAACUGAGUUGUGUUUGUCGAAGAAAUGUAUGAUAGUGAUAGUGUGAUUGUAUGUUUUGUAUGUUGCUUAAUAUGUAACUUAGUAUACGUGUUUUUGUAAUACUCUUUGUGUGAAGGCCAUGCUGGAAAUAAAUAGUAUGUCUGUAAUGAUUGUACACUUAGUAUGUAAACUUCGUUAAAUAAAGUUGUUGUUAUUA